CUGCCCAACCCGCGGGUGCGCUUCCGCACGGCCGCCACGGCCAUGGUGGCGCGGCCCUCGCCGUGCGGCGCCGCCGCCGAGUUCAAGAUCGCCCGCUUCUCCGUCAUCCCGGCGCUGCGCGACCGCCUCCGGUGCGAGGUGUUCGACUCGCGGCGGUUCGCGUGGCGCCGCGCCGCGGACGUGCCGGUGUGCCCGGCGUCGCUCGAGCCCUCGGCGCCCGCCGUGAGCGCCCACGGCGCCGAGCACUGGCUCCGGUGGCCCGACCGGGCGACGGGCGCGCAGGACGUGUUCGCGUUCGACCUCCGGACCGAGGCGUGGCGGCUGGUCCCGCUGCCGCGGGAGGUGGACGAGAGGGACGACCCCUGGGCGCGGAAGCAGAUAUCGGCCGUGGAGGGGAGGCUGUGCCUGAUGGUGACCACGGAGGCCGGCGUGGCGGACGAGGAGGUGCUGGAGGUGUGGGAGAUGGCCGGGUACGUGGAGGGGAGGUGGGAGAAGAAGAUGAGGGUGAGCUUGAAGAGCCUCCACGCGCAGGAAGGGGGCGCCGUGAUCCUCAAAAACCUCUACUCAUCCGAUGUUGCUUUCCUCGACACUUUCUGCAGAGUCAUGUGGUACGAUUUCUUGAGAGGGAAGAAGAUGGCGGAGGUGGAAGUGAAGCACGUGUGCAUACAAGAGGUGUUCAAGUACGAAUCUGACCUGAUCCCCUGCGAGUUGGGCUGAGCACACGCUGCCAGCAUCCUCCUCCUCCUCCAGCUCGCACGCCUUGGUCCAAAGGCGGCGCAGCGAGGAGGCUGCUGCAUGCUCUGAUGAUUCCGACAAAUCAAAUUAAGAUUAGGUGUUCG